CCAGAAUUCAAACAGUCACUCUACUAAGUUCAUGAGUUUCUACUUUAUGAUUUUAGACUCAAGGUCAAUAUGGUGCUACCUUUUGAUAACUUUGUUUUAGUUACCUUCUUAUUGCGUUGAACCGCCGAGUUCAUCUUUUGGCUGAGACAUCUCUUCCAGGGACAUUAUUUGCAAUCACUAUGGGAGAGGGUGGCAAAGAAAUCAAAGGACUCAGUUUCGCCGAAAAUUUCCUGCUCAGCGGUGCUGCUGCUGUUAUCGCUAAGACCGCAGCUGCUCCUAUAGAGCGAGUCAAAUUACUCGUCCAAAAUCAAGAUGAAAUGAUUAAACAAGGGCGCUUGGAUAAGCCGUAUUCUGGUGUUAUCGACUGUACCAUGCGGACAUUUAGACAAGAAGGUUUACUACCAUUCUGGCGUGGAAAUCUACCUAACUGUUUGAGGUACUUUCCUACCCAAGCGCUGAACUUUGCAUUUAAAGACAAAGUUAAGUCAGCGUUCGCUCAAAGCAAAGAUGACCCAUAUUUGGUUGCAUUCUACAAAAAUGUGGUCAGUGGUGGAGCUGCAGGAGCUUUGUCGUUAGUUUUCGUUUAUUCUCUGGACUACGCUCGAACACGUUUGGCCAAUGAUAAUAAGUCUGCCAAAAAGGGUGGGACUCGUGAGUUCAAUGGUUUGAUUGAUGUUUAUGCUAAGACGUUCAAGUCAGAUGGUAUUGCUGGACUCUACCGUGGCUUUGUCAUCUCGUGCUUCGGUAUAAUUGUAUACAGAGGAUUUUACUUUGGAUUGUAUGAUACCUUGAAACCGAUAUUCCUUGGGCCAGAUGCAGGUGUGGCAAUCAGUUUUUGCUUAGGUUAUGGUGUAACUGUCACUGCUGGAUUGAUAUCCUACCCAAUUGAUACUAUCCGUCGGCGUAUGAUGAUGACUUCAGGUCAAGCCGUCAAAUACAGAAGCUCAAUUCACUGUGCAGGCGAAAUACUAAAAAAUGAAGGUCCAAUGUCUUUCAUGAAAGGGGCUGGUGCAAACAUACUUAGGGGUGUCGCCGGUGCUGGUGUGUUGGCUGGAUUCGACAAAUUUAAAGAAUUGUAUGCUGACUUCAGAUUACCAAAGAAGCCAACCCCUUAGAUGUCUCAAUUAGUUAUUAAUUGUAAAGCUAGCAUGUAAUUUAGUUUUUUCCUGGGAUUUCUAGCAUUUCAAUUUUCGCUGGAGAUAAAAUUAUUUACUUCGAGUUAUUGAUUUUUCACUUUAAUGUUGCGUAAUUGUGACAUGUUCAUAGCCGGUACGCUUAACAACUGGUGCUCCUUACCUCACAUUAUUGCUUUGGUAGAAAGUGAUUAUCAGCAGCUGAGUCAGUUAUUGUAACCGAAUUUUUGUCCUGUUCUUCUUGGGUGACUUGGUUAUGUCGGCUGCUUUUUGAUGUACAAUCAUUAAUUUAACACUGCUAGCACCUAAAACCUCUUAUGUGUGCCUGGGUCUUACCAUGAGUAAUUGUUUUUCUUGCUUAGGGAUACGGCCAAGCCGUAUCUGAUAAUAGCAGCUUGUUAUUGUUGUAUAUUUUACACAAUACAAUCAUUAUAGUAAGUUU